AUGCCCCAGGCCCGUAGCCUCCGCACCCGAGGCACGAUGAAUGAGAACGAUGAAAACGGGCCUUCGACGCGUCUAACGCGGGCCAAGUCAGCUGCCCUCACCGACACUGGCGCCACCAAGAAGCCCCUGCAGACCAAGCGGGCGGCCACAACUAACGCCAAUGGGCCCCAACGUCGAGCAAUGGCUCUCAAGGAUGUGAGCAACGUCAACAAGGGUGACGAUGCUGAGACCAAGGUUGGAAAGAAGGGCGCUGUCAAGCCUGGCUUGACCUCCAAGGCGACCACUCACACUGGAGCUGUUCAGAAGCUCAGCCGUACCAACUCGUCCCGAGCGGGGCCUCGAGACAAUGUUGCCAAGAAGCCUGCCUCAUCCGACAUCAAGCGUUCAGGGAGCGGACCCGACCCCCGCGCCCGGGAUGAAGAGGUUGUUACAGAGAGUGUCGCGUUGGCCCCUGGCGUGCCAGAUCUGGAUAUUGAGGACCUGUACGACCCUUUGAUGGUUGCUGAAUACGUGGUUGAGAUCUUUGAUUACCUGAAGGACCUCGAGCUGCGGACAUUACCCAAUCCCGACUACAUCGAGCACCAACCUGACCUGGAAUGGAAGAUGCGUGGUAUCCUGGUCGACUGGCUGAUUGAGGUCCACACGCGUUUCCGCCUGCUCCCGGAAACUCUGUUCCUGGCUGUCAACAUCAUCGACCGUUUCCUGUCGGCUGAGGUGGUGGCUCUGGACCGCCUACAGCUCGUCGGCGUGACGGCCAUGUUCAUUGCCUCCAAGUACGAGGAGGUCCUGUCUCCCCACGUUGCCAACUUCAGCCACGUCGCCGAUGAGACCUUUUCGGACAAGGAGAUCCUGGAUGCGGAGCGUCACAUCCUGGCAACCCUGCAGUACAACAUGAGCUUCCCCAACCCCAUGAACUUCCUGCGCCGGAUUUCCAAGGCCGACAACUACGACAUCCAGACUCGGACUCUGGGCAAGUACCUCAUGGAGAUCAGCCUUCUCGACCACCGAUUUAUGGCCUAUCCGCAAAGCCAGAUCUCCGCCGCCGCCAUGUACCUGGCGCGUCUUAUUCUGGACCGUGGACCCUGGGAUGAAACGUUGGCCCACUACUCCGGGUACACAGAGGAGGAGAUCGAUCCGGUCUUCCGCCUGAUGGUCGACUAUCUCCACCGUCCUGUCUGCCACGAGGCCUUCUUCAAGAAGUAUGCCAGCAAGAAAUUCCUGAAGGCUUCGAUCCUCACGCGUCAAUGGGCCAAAAAGUAUCACCACUUGUACAUUGACAGCUCCCUCUCCGAACCGUACAAUUCCAUCAAGGACAGCGAACAGUAA